AAAUUAAAACAAAUAAGCUCCGGCUCCCGUUGGGACUGAAAGCCGCUUCCCCUGACAGCCGGGCCAGCGAUCACGGCGGAGCGAGCAGAAAACGCCUUUCUAUUUCUACUUUGAAGACCAUUUCCGACGCCCUACAGUCAUGGCAGCUUUCGAAGAAAUGGGCGUAAUGCCAGAGAUAGCCAAAGCUGUCGAGGAGAUGGACUGGUCACUCCCCACAGAUGUGCAAAGUGAAGCUGUGCCUCUCAUCUUAGGAGGCGGAGAUGUGCUGAUGGCCGCUGAAACGGGCAGUGGCAAGACGGGAGCUUUCUGCCUGCCCAUCUUGCAGAUCGUGUGGGAGACGCUCAAGGACAUCCAGCAGGGCAAGACGUCCAAGGUCAACAAAGAAGUCUCACCCCACUGGCUCAUGAGCUUCUUUGACCGUGAUGCGGGCAUGGCGGUGACCCCUGAUGGCCUGCGGUGCCAGUCACGUGACCCCAAAUCCUGGCAGGGCGUCCGGGGCACUAAGGGGGUUGUGGGCAAGGGCAAGUACUACUACGAGGCCACGGUCUCCGACGAGGGGCUGUGCCGCGUGGGAUGGGGAACACCGCAGGCUGCCCUAGACUUAGGCACGUGCAAGGCAGGUUUUGGCUUUGGUGGAACUGGCAAGAAGUCCAACUGCCGUCAGUUUGAUGACUUUGGAGAACCCUUUGGCUUGAAAGACGUGAUCGGCUGCUACUUGGACCUAGAUGCCAUGGAGAUCCGCUACAGUAAGAAUGGGACAGACCUGGGCAAGGCCUUCACCCUUCGUAGCGAGUUCAAGAAUGCCACCUUCCUCCCAGCUGUUGUGCUCAAGAAUGCAGAGAUGUCCUUCAACUUUGGGGCAACAGAAUUCAAGUUUCCUCCCAAGGGGGGCUUUAUGGCCAUCUGUCAGGCUCCUAAGGAUUGCACAGUGACCUCAGGCGUCAGGGGCGGAGACAAGCCGCAGAAGGUUGAGAACAACGCCCCACAAGCCAUCAUUAUUGAGCCCUCUCGGGAGCUAGCUGAGCAGACCUUGACGCAACUCAAAAUGUUCCACAAGCACUUGGACAAUCCUGUAGUACGUGACUUGCUGGUGGUAGGUGGCAUUCCAGUGAAGGACCAGAUUGCAGCGCUCAACUCAGGUAUCGACAUUGUAUGUGGCACUCCCGGUCGAUUGGAGGACCUCAUCAACACAGGGCAGCUCUCACUCCAGUCGUGCAAGUUCUUUGUACUUGAUGAAGCAGAUGGUCUGCUGAAGCAGGGACACGAACGCCUCGUUAAUAACAUCCACAGUGCCAUCCCUAAGAUCACAUCUGAUGGAAAGAGGCUCCAGAUGAUUGUCUGUUCUGCUACACUGCAUUCCUUUGAGGUCAAGCGCAUGGCUGAACGCCUGAUGCACUUCCCAACAUGGGUUGACCUGAAGGGAGAAGAUGCUGUUCCUGAGACUGUCCACCAUGUUGUUGUUACGGUUGACCCACGUGCUGACACCACCUGGACCACCUUGCGACGCCAUACCCCCACAGAUGGAGUGCACCAGAAGGACAAUGUGAGGCCAGGAAACAAUACACCAGAAACCCUGAGUGAAGCUGUGAAGAUGCUGAAAGGAGAAUACUGUCUCAAAGCAAUCGACACCCACAAGAUGGACAAGGCUUUGAUCUUCUGCCGCACAAAGCUUGACUGUGAUAACCUAGAACGCUAUUUCAAUCAGAUUGGUGGAGGACCCAAGAAUCCUGCCAAUCCCUACUCCUGCGUAUGCCUCCACGGUGAUCGUAAGCCCAACGAACGCAAAGCAAAUCUUGAAACCUUCAAGAACGGGAGAGUCAGGUUCCUCAUUUGCACCGAUGUUGCUGCCCGUGGAAUUGAUGUCAACGGCCUGCCCUUCAUUAUCAAUGUGACUCUGCCGGACGAGAAGAGCAACUACGUACAUCGCAUUGGCCGUGUGGGCCGAGCAGAAAGGAUGGGUCUGGCUAUCUCCAUUGUUGCAGCUGUGCCAGAGAAAGUAUGGUACCACGGUGAAUGGUGUCCGACGAGAGGACGUAACUGUUACAACACUCGCUUGACGACAGAAAAGGGUUGUUGUACGUGGUAUAAUGAACCCCAGUACCUGGCUGACAUUGAGGAACACCUGGGAGUGACCAUCCAGCAGGUGGACAAGGAGAUGAAGGUUCCCGUAGACGAAUUUGACGGGAAGGUUGUCUACGGCGAGAAGAGAGCAGCCGCGGGUUCAAACUACCAGACGCACGUGGAACAGCUCGCCCCUGCCGUGAAGGAGCUAGCAGAACUAGAGCGACAAACGCAGACCAUCUACCUGAAACGCCAGUACGGAAAGGAGUAUCCCUGGACGCGAUAAGGCCAAUAAUAGUAUUAAAAUUUUUCUCUUGUAAGUUCUUAUUGCCAUUAUAACUAAAUGGAAAGCCAGUGCUCAAUGUCUGAUAUUACAAAUAUAUCACUCCCAUUUAACUUCCAUGUUAUUUGGUAGCUAAUCAAGUAAUAGGUAUUUGUGAGCUGCUAUCAUUGUGGUUUUGUUUAACACUUUUAGGUUUGAGGUCGUGAGGCGUUAUCACGAUGGUUUGGUUUUCCGUUAUUUUUGGUUUAUAUCCUUUCAUUAUUAUAUGCUGUGUAACCCAAGCUAAGGUAUUAUUGUGUGAAUUACAACAUACUUUAAAAGUAGAGAUCAAACUCAAGCUAAAUGUGAAGGGUACUAUGGAACAAAUUGUAAUGGAGUGAAAAUGUAUUUGAUGUAUCUCGCAUGUUUUGGCUGUGCCAUCUUCCUGCUUUUCCUAUGCGAUUGGGGCACAAGUGUGUCAUUUGCCAAUCAUGGUUGGCAGUUAAAAUAAACGAUGCAAGAAAU